CCAAAAAGGUAAAAAAUGGACUCCGUCUUCUUCCAUUUCUUCUUCCUCUAGCUCUUCUUCAUCGGAGUUCUAGGGUUUUUUCCUUUCCGGUGGAGACCAUGAUUACCUGCGAUUUCUGCAAUGACCAGACUGCGGUGCUCUUCUGUAGGGCUGACUCGGCGAAGCUGUGUCUGUUCUGUGACCAGCACGUGCACUCGGCGAAUUUGCUUUCGCGGAAGCACCUCCGGUCGCAGAUCUGUGAUAACUGCGGUUCCGAGCCGGUUGUGGUUUGUUGCAACACCGACAAUUUGCUGCUGUGUCAGGAGUGUGAUUCGGACGCGCACGGGAGCUGCUCUGUGUCUGCCGCACAUGAGCGGACUCAAGUUGAGGGGUUCUCUGGAUGUCCUUCGGCUCUGGAGUUGGCGUCUGCUUGGGGGUUUGAUUUGGAGGAUGUGAAGUCGGUGAGUCGGUCGCCGAUGAUGAUGGAGAACUGGAGCGGGUGCCAGGAUUUCGGGAUGCCGAUGGAGUCGUGGGCGGGCAAAUCGAGUGUGCAAGAGAUGACGGUACCGUACCAGAAUGUGAGUUGUGCAGAGACAGUGAAGAAACAGAAUCCGAUCUGCGGGAAGUACAAACAGGUGAUAUACAAGCAGCUGGUGGAAUUGGUGAAGGGUGGUUUUGUUGGAGGUGAUGGCGGAGGUGGUGGUUGUGGAGAGAAUUCAGUUACCAAUGCUGAUGCAAAUGGAGGCCUUCUGACUCAACAAGAGGCGAUGCAGCAACAGGCGCCGUGUACGUCUUUGCUUAUGAUGCAAACCCAACGAAAUGAUCGCAUUGUCGAUGGUAAUAUGUCGUGGAAUGGUAACCAAAUUGGGCAUACCACUCAGAUAUGGGAUUUUCAUUUAGGACAGUUAAGGGGUCAUGAAGAAUCUAGCCAACUAGAAGUUGCAUAUGGAGGAAGUGAUGAAGGAUUCAUGCUUAAGAAUUUCAGUGAUCUUUUGAAAGACGCAUCGAUGACUAAUACUAAAAUGUUGGGAGAUAUUUUCCACAUGAGUCGCCCUGCUCUGCAUGAAGAUUUAGCUUCAUCUAAUAUUAACUCAAAUAACCUCGUAGCCAGUCAGGGCCCAGCCACAUGUGAAAGCAAUAACUUACCAAUAGGAAGGACCUCAUCAGGUCCUGCUUUUGGCAAGCUGAAAGGCUCUAGCAGUUCUAAGGAUAUUCAUUUCAUGGAAGAAUCUUUCCUUCUGAGAAGUGACUGCACCAGACCAGCAGCACCCAGCAAGGCUGACCUGGAGCUGCUAGCACAGAACAGAGGCAAUGCCAUGCAGCGUUACAAGGAGAAGAAAAAAACUAGAAGAUAUGAGAAACAAAUAAGAUAUGAAUCAAGGAAGGCACGAGCUGAUACUAGGAAACGAGUGAAGGGUAGAUUUGUGAAGUCUAAUGAAGCUCCUGAUGGUUGAAUUUGUACCGAGACAUAACCCCCUGCUUCAGUUAUUCAGCUAUUGUAAAUAUUUCCAACUUUCCUCCAUGGUAAAUGUAUAAUUUAGCAUCAUUUAUUUCUUUCCCAUCUUUGCCUCUCUGGUUUCAGCAAACUCCAAGCUUGCCCAAAGCAUAAAAGGAAAAAUGUUUGCCUGUGUUGGGAUAAAGGAUGCUUGUGCCUGUUUUGGCAUUUUUGUGCUGGAUGUGGCAAAAGUAAGGGCGUUAAGGCAGCUGAAUCGCAUUACUUCCUUUUUGCCUAUACAGAGUAUAACGAUUCUUGUUGCGGCUGAGCUGAUGAAUUCUAGUUAACUUGCUUCUAGCUUUGAAAUUUCUGUUCAAUGCCACCUUUGGUGAAUUAUUUGCUCUUUUAGAUAUGCCCUGUUUGGCUGCUUUUUUCUGUUGAGUUUGAUUAAAUGAGGUCCACACUAGGGGCUUCCUUCGGAUUAGGUCUAAAGCAAAGUCAUUUUAUUUGUUUCUACAUGGCUCAUCAAACUUGAAAU